UAUUUUGUUUAAAUUAAACGCGAUGGAAAUAGCAGGCGACGCGAAAAAUGUCGCGAAAAAUGUCGUUCGUCCUCUUACCAUCGCGAUUCCAUCGAAGCAAGGUGUUGUGCUGAUGAGUCAUGACACCCCUUCGUCAACACAUUCACAAUCUAAAAUGCCCCUGUGUCCUGCAUAUCGCUUCUGCAGGGAGUUGGAAGGGCCUUAUCGUUCGCCUAUGUUUGAUAGCGAUUACGAUCACCAACAACAAAUCACGAUACUCCACGAUUUAUUGCAAGCGAUUAAAGAAGCUGCGUUAAAAUUGAUACAAUUAAUUACGAUAGAGGAGCGACGGAGGAGAGGCGUAGAUCCUCCCCCUCGGAUACGCUAUCCUGAUUCAGGACGAUACGAGAGGAGCACUCAACCGCAUAAUCCUGAAUCUGGAUUAAUCGUGACCACAUCCUCCUCAGUUUGUGCACUCUGUGGCGUCGCACUUCAUCUGCAGGAUUCUUCAGAGAAAUCAAGGCAAUUUGUAAUCGAUAAAGGAAGAAGUAAUGGUUACAGUCACGGUAUCUCACCGAAACAGCUUGAGAAUAUGUUGAAAAAGACCUAUAAAAUUCCUUUACCUACCGAAAAGGAUAAAUAUAGCGAUGAUUUCUCUAUUCCUGGAAGUGUACUUGAUUAUAUUCUUUCAAAAGAAAAUGGUCGUAAUGAUCGCACGAAAGGACGAGAAAAAGUCUUUUCAAAAGCCCGGUCGACUGAUACGAGUGAGAGCGGAUUACAAUCAAAGCUGUUGUUUAUACGACGAAAAUCUUCCGAUAGGAUCGCGCGUCAAACACAUCAAGAUGAGUCUCGACAAAGGUGUGAUAGUACAAGUCAAGUGCCGAGAUACGUUACUAGCAAACAUGAAUAUAAGACCAGUGAAUCAUCACAUCAAUGCAUCGUCAAUAUAUCAUCUACAAUUUGCUCCACCCAAGAAGCAGCGACGCUUACUCAGGAAAUGCUUUGUCCGUGCGCGUGUGGAUUGCUUGUGAAAGAAGAAACUGAAAGCAAAGUGUCUAUCAAUCCGAUGCCUAUAUUAAAAGACGAACUUAUUAAAACUAAACUUGAAGAGUUAGGUCUGCAUUUAGAUUCAAGAGAAAUAAAAGUACAUGGUGACACAGUAAAGGUCAAGAAAACGAAGAUGCAAAAGUUGGAAAAAGAUGUGAAUGUCAAACGUUGGAUAGAGGAAGUUGUGCAAUUGCGAUUACAAGUGCAAAUUGAGGAGCUGCAUAAAAAUAUUCAGUUUUUCAAACAAGAAAACGAGUAUAUUCGACGCCUUGCAGAAAAAUGUCGCUGUUUAUCAGAAGACAUAAGGAAUUUACAGCAAUUGCUACCGAUUAGAGAAACAUAUUCUGAAUUUGCGACAACGAUUAAGCACUUACAAGCAAAAUAUCACAAUCAACACGGAAUAAUAGCCACAUUAACCGGGAUGUUUCAAGGUUCAAUAAACAUUCAGCAGAUCGCUGCGAAACUAUUAGCACCGUUUAAAGAACAUUGGAACCCGAGAGAAAACAUAGCAACGACUCAUAUAUCAUCUGCUUCAGGAGCGCAGGCUCCUUUGAAGACAGCGAGUUCCAUGGUAUUCGACGUUUAUUAAAAUAUUUUUAGCUAAAUCACAAAUAAUACGAGUCAAUAUAAAUAAUGAACAUUCUAUGCAUAACUCAUUUUGCAAAAUAGUUAAAAAUUCUUUCACAUAACGUUGCGAGUCUGACGGUUAAACA